GCGGCUGGGUGGGCCGAAGGGGGCGUGGUCAGCCUCGUGGAAGGGUUGUCACGGUUGCUGCAAAAAGGUUAGCGGGGCGAGAGUUCUUCGAGUAUAUAAGAGUGCGAUGCAGCUGCAUAGCUAUCAUCCUCCACCAUGAAGCUCCUGAUCUUCAUCUCCGCCUUCUUGGCCAGUGCAUCUGCUGCCCGCCUGGGCUAUUCUCAGCCGACGCCCACCGGCCCCUCGCUUUCCGUGGGCGGCCUUGAUCAGUCGCCUCCCUCUGCCCCGCUCUCAGACGACCGCUUCACUCAGCCUACACUAGAUAACGUCGCGCUCCCUGCUAACGGAUACAGCCAGUCCACGCCCAUCGCCGCUGCUAUUCCUGAGGGUGGGUUCGCGCCCUCGAGCUCUUUCGACAGUGGAUUGAGCCAGCCUGCAUCAGGCGGUGUCUCCCUUCCUGAGAUUGGAUUUGGCCAGACCUCUCACAAUGGCCAGACUCUUCAGGAAAGCAGCUUUGGACAACCAACUGGUGGUCUAACUGCUCCUGCGGGCAAUUGCAGAGAUGGAGAAGUCUUGCAUGUUGACGGAACCUGCGUUGUUCCUGAAAUUACUCGCAAGGUGUUUCUCUACAGCAUCCCUGAGGGCUCUCAGCAAUUCAGCGGACCGCCGCCAAGCAUUCCACCACCAAAGGUCGAGCACAACAUCCUCUUUGUCCGUCUUCCUGAAGGAGGUGUAGGUCCAGAACCUAUUAUCAUCCCUCCACCAAGGCAGAACAACAUCGUCUACGUCCUCAAUAAGAUGAAUGGUCAGGAUCAGCGUGUUAUCGAAGUGCCAGCUCCUCCGCCCUCCGAUCCCGAAGUUUAUUUCGUCUCGUACGGCGAGGGCGAAAAUCCGACUCUGCCCGGAGGCAUCGACCUUCAGACUGCUCUUGGCUCAGCUGUCUCCGCCGCAGGUCAAAUCGUCGGCAGCACCGGAGACAUUGAUGCCACUGGUGUUUCCAGUACCUCUGGAUUCUCUGGAACAGUUGACUUCAAUGUCAAUCAAGAAAGUGUUAAUUUCGACGGUUCCUUAGGAGUAAGAGGUGAUGCUGAUGGUGUCUUUACUGCUGACAAUGUAAACAGUGGUUUCGCUAACGGUGACGGCGGAUUUAGCACUGGGGGACAGGGUCUGACUGGAAUCUCAGGCAACAACUUCGAAUUCUCAGGUGAUCACGCAGCCACCAUUGACACACAUGGUGGGUUCGCUGGUAAUGCCGGCGGUUUCUCGAACAACAAUGGUAUCUCAACUAGCAACGCAAACGGUAAUAACGAUUACUCUGGCAAUAACAGUGGUUUUACUGGCAACAACGGUGGUAUCUCCAACAAUGGUGGUUUUUCAAACAUCAAGGGUAGUUUCUCCAACGACCACAGUGGUUUUACCGGCAACAACGGUGGUUUCUCCAACAACAACGGUGGUUUCUCCAACAACAAUGGAGAAUUCUCCAAUACCGCAAGUGGAGCCUCGAAUAACAACGUUGGAUUUUCAAGUACCACUGAUGGAUUCUCCGGUAACAGCGGCGGAUUUUCCAGCAACACUAACGGCUUCUCUGGAAACGGCGGUAGUAACGGUGGGUUUUUGGGGAAUAGCCGUGGCUUCCCUGAAAACGCUGGCCCUUUCUCCGGGAACAACGUCGGAUUCCAAAGCAGCAGCGCCGGAUUCUCUGGAAGCCAGCCCUCAGCCAACAACGGAGGACUGAUAAGUGAGAAUGGAUUUAACGGCAACAACAACCGUAUUGUUUCUGCCCCUUUGGCCCUUUACUCAAGUCCCUAAGGUAACUUGGUGUGUAUUGUUUGAAAGUAAUUCGCGAGUCAUGGAUAACACUUCGAAAAAAUACCGAACCUUAACGAACCUUAAUUUAAUAUGCAGUAUUUAAAAUUUUUGUUUCACUUUAUCUAGUCAGAUAAGAAAAAAAUGUUUUGUAGAGAUUGCCAAUAAAACCUGAAUGAAA